AUAGAGAAAUAAGGAGGGAGACCCUGUGGAAAGUGGAAACUUCAUUCUCAUUUGUCAGCGCAAAGUGAAAACAGAAAAGCAAAUUGGUAAAGCGAAACUUAUUUAAAUAAGUACGAAGAAGUUAGGAUGAUUGAAUAAUUCAAAGUGUGGGGAAAAUGAAAACCUUUAUGGAGAUGAAGAUGAAAUAGAAGAAAAUCAAACACAACUUUCGAUUCAAAAAAGCAAUAAUGAGGAGGAGACCAGGAAUUGGUGGCUUACAGAACGCCGCUGCUGCUAGGGAUCAAUAUCGGUUGCUGGGUGAGAAUGUAGCCAGGAUCAGAACCGAUCUUAUGAAGGAACAGCUUACCACGUUCCGCUCUCAAUUGGAAGAGUUUGCUCGCAAGCACAAGAACGAUAUUCGCAAGAAUCCUGCAUUCAGAUCACAAUUCCAUGAGAUGUGUACUAAAGUUGGAGUUGACCCUUUGGCGUCAAAUAAGGGUUUCUGGGCUGAGCUAUUGGGGAUUGGUGACUUCUACUAUGAACUUGGGGUGCAAAUUGUUGAGAUUUGCUUGGCAACACGACCUCACAAUGGAGGUUUGAUCAACCUACAGGAGCUCUGUAAUAUGGUUCGUCAAAGGCGGAAGAAUGAUCGUGGAGCUGUUUCAGAGGAUGACUGUCUGCGUGCUAUAAGUAAGCUAAAGGUUUUGGGUAGUGGCUUUGAGGUUAUUUCAGUUGGAAAGAAAAAGCUUGUUCGUUCUGUUCCAACGGAGUUGAACAAAGAUCAUAAUGAAAUUUUAGAGCUAGCCCAGGCUCAAGGCUUUGUGACUGUUAAUGAGGUAGAAAGACGGCUCUCUUGGACUUCUGGCCGUGCAACUGAUGCUCUUGACACUUUGCUAGAGGAAGGUCUUGCAAUGAUUGAUGAUGGCCACAGAGAUGGUAAAUGUAGAUAUUGGUUCCCCUGUGUAUCUUCCAUUUCAUCUUCUGUAGGAGCUGAUAUGUAAACAUGAGGUUCUCACUAUAAUGCAAAUUUAAAGGGUUUGAAAACAGUGUUGAAUGUGGUUUUUCCUUCAUUUGCAUUUUUGUAGCACUAGUUGGUCCAACAAAUUGUUGAUAGACGAUGUAUUUCAUCUUUUGUAUGAGUGUUGACGACAAGUUUAAUUUCUACAA